CUCGGUGGUACUCAGCCAGAAACGUGGACGGUUCGUACUUUAGACGGCCAUGGACUCGAUCGCAAGCGGACGGAUCAGCGUCUUUUGCAAAUGUCCAACGGAAAAUGAGGAUCUCGUGCGGGGGCCGCACUUAAUUGACCUCGAGACUUUCAAUUGACAACGGAACUCCGCGCGAAAAUGAACGAAAAUGAAAGAAAUUAACGCCGCCCUUCCCUGUCCACAUUUCCUUCGGGCAAGUCUGCCGGCCUCCGGCAAUGACCGAUAUGGGUAUGGUAGGUCACGCGCUGUGACGACGAUCACUUUCCUGAUGAGUGUUCGUUGCCAGAUUUUCCUUUACCCGAAUCAUCAUCAUGUGCGCAUCGGUCUCCAAGGUCGCUUUAUGAAUCAACAAUGCCCGCCGAAGAGCACAAGGUACGGCCGCAGGCCGGGCUGUGCCUCUACAGCGCAAGAGCAACAGAUAAUGCAAUGUCGAUCAUCCGCUGAACUCGAAACGGACAACGGAGACACCUGCGGAGACUGUCCGCGAAGUUUGAACUUUAAUUCCGAUGUCAAAUCUCCCGAUCGUGUUCCACGCGUCGGACCGAAUGUAUCGGGACAACAGACAGUUUCCAAUUCGGGACAUCGCUAGGUUUGGCGGUUGCAAUUCGACAACAGGCUACGCGGAGUCAUUGGUUUGGUUGCUCUCACGAAUUUAACGGAAUGUCAAGUGGUAUCUCUCAGGUUGCUUCUCUCUUUUCAACCACCACCUUCUCUCUUCCGAUUCCUCCCCGCUGCAUGUGUUCGGGCCUGUUCAUGCAUUGACUGUGCGUUUGCGUCCAAUCCAGCACCGCUUGUUUCUGCCACCCUUCGCUGCAUGUCUAAAUCCCGCUCAGUUACUCCGACACCCCAUAAUAUCUACAUCCGCCCUACUAAUAGCUCUCCCUCUUCCCCGGGUCCUUCACGAAUCUCCCUCGACGAUCCCAGUAACACUGCUGUGGUUACCUCUCCCGCAUCACCCCCUCACGCGUCGAGAUCUCCCAUUGAAGAUCGACCUGGUGCGGCUGACGUUGCUGCUCACUUUCAUUCACGUGUACCCUCCGACGAACCGCGCGCUCGACGUCCCUCCCCCGACAACUCUACUCGCAUGGCUAAACGAAUGCGUCGCCACUCCCCUGAACGCCCAUCUCGCUCGCGCUCUUCUGAUUCCCAAGGGGAAACGGCUGCGGAUGCGGAUAGUCCCGAAACGACUACUUCGCAGGAGCCGGUUGCCCCCACCAAGAAGAAGCGCACCCGGACACUGACCACUCCCCAUCAAUCUGCCGUUCUUCAUGCUCUGCUCGCGCAGUCUCGCUUCCCAACUACAGCUGUUCGCGAAGAAGUCGGUCGUUCGAUCGGUCUCAGUGCCCGCAAAGUCCAGAUCUGGUUCCAAAAUCAGCGCCAAAAGGCGCGUCGACCGGGCGCUCAGCCCGAAGCCACUCCGCAGGGUUCAAACUCGCAGCAGUUCAGCCCAUUCCCGAAUCCCUCUGCACCAUACGCUAGCUCGUCAUCGCACGUCUUGCCUGCCGACACGCGACCUUCAUCUUCCGGUUUCGGCAGUUAUUCGAGCGAAAUGCCGCCGCAGCUAGCCGGCCCCGGAAUUCCUGGGCGAUCCACUUCAGCUGUCUCCCGCGGCCGGCCUAUUCUUAGAAUCCCGAGCGUGCCACAUCACCGCGACCUGCCUCCAGCGCCUUUUACGAGCCGUUCGCUGCCCUCCCUGGAGCCCGGCAGCCCAGAGGGAUCCUUCUCCAUUCGGCACGACCCGUCCCGCAUUCUUCCCCCUUUGAGCGAGAUGACUCGUGGCCGCCCCAUCCCGCCUUUGUCCAUGUCUAUGUUUGCACGUUCAGCGCCAACGACCCCGUCCAACGCCACAUUCCCGACGUCCCCGUCUCCCUCGCCGACCUUUGCCUAUUAUGGCCAUCGGCCGUACUCCUCAUCUCUCGGGCUGCCGCCGCCAUUUACUCUGCAGCCGGCGCCGCAGUGGGACAGCUCCUCGUCCCACGCGCACUCAUCGCUCUCCCGCGGCUCCGUCUCGGCGCGCGACAGCUCGUCGUCGCCCCCGUCGAGCUUUGCUUUCGAAUCCGAGUCAGAGAUGAUCCGGGAAGACACACCGCGCGAUGAGACGCCCCGGACAGAGACCUCCCGGGCGUAUCACACUGGCCGCUAUGAUCCCGUGCGAGCCAUGUUUGUGCCCUACUCUCCGACGUCUGGCAACAGCCCUGGCCCCAGCUCGGGGGCUCCUCCUGCUUAA